CAGAGUUAACAGGUGGGUGGUUUACACAUUGAUUUGUUGUUGGUUAAAAUAUAAACAUAUGUUGAAUAUUGCUAUGUUGAAUAUGAUAUUCUUACAGAAUGAUUAUGUGGUCACACUCUCCAUGUGUCUGUUUUGAAAGAACUAGCUGUUAAAGCUUAUCAAAUAAUUGGAUUACUUUGCAGACUGAAUCUUCUAAGCAGUGUUUUAGGUGGAGCUUUCAAUUUACUUUACCUUUUGCUACCAAGGGGGAAAAAAAAAGCCAAACCAGUUGCCAUCCAGUUGAUUCCGACUCAUAGUGACCCUACAGGACGGGGUAGAACUGCCCCAAAGGGUUUCCAAGGAGCACCUGGCGGAUUUGAUCUGCAGACCUUUUGCUUAGCAGCCAUAGCUCUUAACCACUACGCCACCAGGGCUUCCACCAAGGAAGUAGACUAUGUUUAAUAGGUACUGUAUUAAAAUGAAGUCAAGUUUGGUGCUUGCCAUCUCUCACAGCCUUGGUUUCAGGAUGAUUUUUUUCCUUGUAGAAUUGGACCUGUUUAGGCUCCCCCAACUCUAAAUUUUUGUUAAGAAACGAUUUCAAUCAUACAGAAAAUUGGAAAGAAUACCAUAGUGAACACCAUAUGUUGACCUUCUAGGUUCAACAUUUGUUGGCAUUUGGCAUGUUUGCUUUAUCUAUAGAUGUGUGUUUAUUAUUUUUGGUUGAGCCUCACUCCUAAAUAUAUCAGGGCGUUUUCUUACAUUGCCAAAAUACCAUUACGGUUAAUUUCCUUAGGUGUGAUAAUUCCUUAGUGUAAUCUAAUACCCAUUCAUAUUAAAAUUUUCCCAUUUGUCCUGAAAGAUCUUUUAUGGCUUUUACACCCCCUCCCUCCAAAAAUAUUUGGUUGUUAAAUCUUUUCUAAUUCUAGAACAGCUUUACCCCUUCCCCCCUUUUAAAAUACUGAUUUUUUGAACCAGUCAAUGCAGUUGUUUUAUAAAAUGACUUAACAUUCCGGAUUUGCCUGAGGUUUUUUCCCCCUCGUAGUGUCAUUUAGCUUGUUCCUCUAUCCCCACAUGUUAGCUGUAAAUUGAAAGCUAAGUUUAAAGGGUUGAUUAGUUUUAGAUUAAAUAUUUUUAGCAAGAAUACCUAGUAAGCGAUGUCAUGUACUUCCUAUUGCAUCCCAUGAGGAAACUUUCUGAUGCUAAAUUUGAUCACCUGGUUAAAGGGGUGAAGUUAUAUUAUCUCUUCUGAAAUUAGCAAGUAAUCUCUGGCAUGAUAAAUUAGCGCUGUCCUGAUACCCUGUUUCCCAAUAAUCUUUCACCUAAUAGCUGUAGCAUCCAUUGGUGGUCCUCGUCAGGCUAACUUGAAUUUCAGUGUUAACAAUCUUCUGUUAGUUUACAGAUGAGUAAAAUCACAGGAAUUGUGAAGUAUGUCGUGCAACUAUGUUAAUCAGAAUCUGAUUUUUGGAUUUUUGAUGGUAAAUUCAAGGUAUCUUGUGUUGUAAAUUAAACAUAGCAACAGCAAACCCUGAUGUGAGAAAAGUGGGAAAAAACUCAAUGUCUGUCUUUUCCUGUACUCUCAAGCAGUGUGUUUCUUGUCAGCUUUUCGUAGCCAGCAUUUGUUGUACAGGAAUAGCCAGAAAUAUAACAUAAUGGAAGAGUGGAUUUACUAAAAAAAUAUUUCAAGACAAUUAUAUAUAUUCUGAUGUAAUGGAAGAAGUAUUGCAUUGAGAGUCAGAAUAUCUGGAUUCUAGUCCUAAUUCUACCUGUAUGUGAAGUUCAAAAAUGUUAAGUUUUUAAACUUCAUUCCAUGUUUUCAUUUCAUAGUGAGUAAGAUAGUAAACAUCAGUGGAUAAAGAAUCAAUAUCUGGAUUUCUGAUAGCGAGGAGUGUUGAUUACAUUUAGAGGACUUGAGCCAGUGGCCUGCCGUAUUGCCUGCUGAUUGGGGGAUCCAUCAGCCUCCACCGCCUGUGAGGUAGCAGCCUGCCAUCUGACCUGCUGAUCUUCAGCCCCUGCUGCUAAGUGAGUUGGGAGCAGCCUCCAGCCUGACACUUGUCCCACUAACUUGGGACUUGGCAGCCUCUACAACCACGCAACAAAGAAUGCUGAUGGGAGAACCAUUUCCCUAAUUUUGAAGUUGUCGAGCUAAUUGCCAUGAUGGAUGAUCAACAAGCUUUGAACUCAAUCAUGCAAGAUUUGGCUGUCCUUCAUAAGGCCAGUCGACCAGCAUUAUCCUUACAGGAAACCAGAAAAACAAAGUCUUUGUCACCAAAAAAACAGAAUGAUGUUCGAGUCAAAUUUGAACAUAGAGGAGAAAAAAGAAUUCUUCAGUUCUCCAGGCCAGUUAAACUGGAAGAUCUGAGGUCUAAAGCUAAAGUCGCCUUUGGACAGUCUAUGGAUCUACAUUAUACCAACAAUGAGUUGGUAAUUCCACUGACUACUCAAGAUGACCUGGACAAAGCUGUGGAAUUGCUAGAUCGUAGCAUUCACAUGAAGAGCCUCAAGAUACUACUUGUAGUAAAUGGAAGUACACAGGCUACUAAUUUAGAACCAUUACCAUCACUAGAAGACUUGGAUAACACAGUAUUUGGAGCAGAAAGGAAAAAACGGCUUUCUGUGAUAGGUUCUACUAGUAGAGAUAGAAGCUCCCCUCCCCCGGGAUACAUUCCAGAUGAAUUACAUCAGGUUGCUCGGAAUGGGUCAUUCACUAGUAUCAACAGUGAAGGAGAGUUCAUUCCAGAAAGCAUGGACCAAAUGCUGGAUCCAUUAUCUUUAAGCAGCCCUGAAAAUUCUGGCUCAGGAAGCUGUCCAUCACUUGAUAGUCCUUUGGAUGGAGAGAACUAUCCAAAAUCACGAAUGCCCAGGGCACAGAGCUACCCAGAUAACCAUCAAGAAUUUUCAGACUAUGAUAACCCUAUCUUUGAGAAAUUUGGAAAAGGAGGAACAUAUCCAAGAAGGUAUCAUGUUUCCUAUCACCAGCAAGAGUAUAACGAUGGUCGUAAAACUUUUCCCAGAGCUAGAAGGAACCAGGGGACCAGCUUCCGGUCUCCUGUGAGUUUUAGUCCCACUGACCAUUCCUUAAGCACUAGUAGUGGAAGCAGUAUCUUCACCCCAGAGUGUGACGACAGUCGGAUAAGAAGAAGGGGAAGUGACAUAGACAACCCUACUCUGACUGUAAUGGACAUCAGCCCACCCAGCCGGUCACCUCGUGCUCCAACCAACUGGAGAUUGGGCAAACUGCUGGGCCAGGGAGCCUUUGGCAGGGUCUACCUCUGUUACGACGUCGAUACAGGAAGAGAAUUGGCUGUUAAACAAGUUCAAUUUGACCCUGAUAGCCCUGAGACCAGCAAGGAAGUGAAUGCACUUGAGUGUGAAAUUCAGUUGUUGAAAAACUUGCUGCAUGAACGAAUUGUUCAGUAUUAUGGCUGUCUGAGGGAUCCCCAGGAAAAAACACUUUCCAUAUUUAUGGAAUAUAUGCCAGGGGGUUCAAUUAAGGACCAACUAAAAGCAUACGGGGCUCUUACUGAGAACGUGACCAGGAAGUACACCCGCCAGAUUCUGGAGGGUGUCCAUUAUUUGCACAGUAACAUGAUUGUCCAUAGAGAUAUCAAAGGUGCAAAUAUUUUGCGAGACUCAACAGGCAAUGUCAAACUAGGAGAUUUUGGGGCCAGCAAACGGCUUCAGACCAUCUGUCUCUCAGGGACAGGAAUGAAGUCAGUCACAGGCACACCAUACUGGAUGAGCCCUGAAGUGAUCAGUGGAGAAGGCUAUGGCAGAAAAGCAGAUAUCUGGAGUGUAGCCUGCACUGUGGUGGAAAUGCUAACGGAAAAGCCCCCUUGGGCUGAGUUUGAAGCAAUGGCUGCCAUCUUUAAAAUCGCUACCCAGCCGACAAACCCAAAGCUGCCACCCCACGUCUCAGACUAUACUCGGGAUUUCCUCAAACGGAUUUUUGUGGAGGCCAAACUGAGACCCUCAGCUGACGAGCUCUUGAGGCACAUGUUUGUGCAUUAUCACUAGCAGCCAAUAACCUUUCCUGUGCCUCUACCCUGCUAUCAUCGAUUCAUUCACCUUCUCUCUGACUGCACUUUUCUUUUUUUAUAAAAAAAGGAGAGAUGGGGAAGAAAAAAAGACAAGAGGGAACAUAUUUCUCUUGAUUCUUGGUUAAAUUUGUUUAAUAAUAAUAGUAGUCUAAAUUUUUUAUAGUCUUUUUUUUCCCUUACAAGAAGAACUUGAAACUUUUUUUUUUUUUUUUAUAAUGUACUGAUGUGGUUCAGAGAGAUAAAGCACUUUAGUACAUAGUCACUCUUUUUAGUGAAAACAAAUCAUUUGGAAUACCUAAAGAUUGUAGAGUCUUCCCCUGUAUCACUGACAUGUGGUGAUGGGGGGGGGAGAAAUGGAAAACAAGGAAAAGAAAAUGAUAAAUAAUUUGUAGUUUUUAGUGUUAGUAUUUAAAGUAGAUCCUCAUUUUUUGGAGGUUGACCCUAAACUUGAGUUUAGGGUAGGUACUCAAAGAAUAUAGAUCCCUUCUUCUGUCUGUAUUCUUUAUAUUCGAACCUCUGUCUACCAAGCUUUUUGCUCAGUACAAAUCUCGAUAGAAAAUACGAAUUUCUAAGAGGUAUCUUUAGUUGUUAAUCCUAACCAGUAUAAUAAGCAAAUACACUAUAGUAGAUUCAUGUUACUGGAAUCUGUAAACCUUGAGGGAUGGUUUUCUGCUUAAAAAAAAAAAAAAGUGCUAUUUUAUUUUAAAGCAGUUACGGGAAGUAAAUAGAGCAAAUUCAAAAUAAGGUACAAAAGGAUAUUGCUCUCGUUAAAUGUUGUGAGCAGUCGAAGAGACCACAUUUGCCAGUUAAUAGAAAUAACGGGGGGAAAAAACUGUGAGUUUAAUAAGUUUUAAACUGUGUUUUUUAUAUGAGGGUGAAAGUUCCAAAAUUAAGGGAAAGGAGAAGUAAUCAAAAUCAUGUAUACUGUCUUCCUGUUGCUAGGUCCUGAUUCCCCAUAGAUAAUAUUCUUUAGGAAAUAAGAGUUCAGCCCAGAGGAUCCAUGUUUCAAAGCUAGUGUCAUGAAAUGGAACCCUUGUCCAUGGGAUCAUAGAAUAAUAAAACACCUUGAAAACAGAAAAUGUUGGUUUUCAGCUCGGGGGAGUGGGAGAGGAGGGGAAUAAUUUCACUUCCCAUUUGGCAAUGCCUGCAGACAUUUUUGGUUGUCACAGCUGGGGUAUUGCUAUUGGCAUCUAGUGGGUAGAGGUCAGGGAUGCUGUUAAAUAUACUACAGUGCACAAGAACAGCUCCCAAAUCAAAGAGCUGUCCUGCCCAAAGUGUCAGUAGUGCCGAGGUUGAGAAAACCUGAUGCAAAGACCAGUUCCAGUUAUAAACUGAAAACAACCAUUUACAGAAGAGGUUCCCAGCAAAAAAAGAAAAUUUCAAAGAGAAAGCAAUGUAAUUCACAAUGAGUAUUUCACAAGAGCGAAUACCACUACUUCAAGUCAAGGGUGAGCGAUCUCAGCAAGUAGUAAGUAGCAGUCCCUUUCUUACCAGCUGCAUAUUGUAUCCAAAUCUUCUGUUUUAGAAACAAAAUGAAUUUGAACAGUGAGCCUGUUGAACUCAACCACCUAUCCUUUCCUCGAGCCGCCAACUUAAAAUUGUGGAAAAUGAAAAGCAUAUUUAAAAAAAAAAAAGUAUCAACAGGAAGGUCCAAAAACUGCCAGCUAUAAUGUAUCCACUAAGAACAAGGCUGUUAAAUGGAGGGAGACAGCUGGAAAAGGUCCCACUGUCCUUAAUGGAAAUAUGCUACUGAAGAAUAUGAAUGAUAUCAGUAAUUUGACCCCUUGCAGUGUUUUCAGCAUAUUAAAGCAAGUGCUAAGCACUUUAAAGGUAUAGAAAAAUAAUAGUCUUCCUGGAGGCCCUAAAUGUGAUGUCUUUCAUGGGAUUUAUAAGGGACUUCAAAACCAAACCCAUUUUAGUCAAGUUGAUUCCAAUUCAUAGCAACCCUGUAGGACAGAGUAGAACUCCCCCAUAGAGUUUCUAAGCCUGUAAUCUUUACGGAAGCUGACUGCCACAUCUUCCUCCCACAGAGCAGCUGGUGGGUUUGAACUGCCAGCCUUUUGGUUAGCAGCCAAGCGCUUAACCGCUGGCCACUAAGGCUCCUUAUAAGGGACUCAGUUAUUCUUAUUUCUACAAAAAGGUAUGCUCUUUUAGGGACUCUUUCAAAAUACUUUGUUUCUGAAGUUAAGUGGCUCUUGGUUUACUAUAUCAGGGUCCAGUAUGGCAUUCCCCACAGGAGUAUUUGAAGUUCUGCUAGUAGUCUGAGAAGAAGCCAAAGCACAAAUUAGUUGUCAACGUUUCUUUCAUACUCUUAUAAAGGAAGCAGCUUGCAAGGAAGAGCAAGAAAUAGGUGCCUGCCCCUCCCACUUGGUAAGCCAACUGCCACAUCUUGUACUAAAAACAUAAUCCCCAAGUGUGUGGGUCUGUUGUAAUUUCUUUAUCUUUUAUCGGUAAGGCAUCUCUUCUGCUUAAGGAAGACCGUGUAUCUGUACCAGUGGCCUUUUCCUUCUUUAAUUGUCUCCUGUGAUUACGAUUUCUCUCUGGCUCUUUUUUGGUCUUUCAGGGUAACCAGCAGUGUAGAGUAAUAAGACAAAUGUUCUUUCUGGAGAAUUCUUGGGAGACUGUGAAACCCACAGCAAAAUUGUUUGCUUUUUUCAGUCUCUUUUUUUCUCUUGUAAAUGCUGUAGAAAAUAAAUGCAUAUGAAAAGAAACUACUACUUUAAUAUUGCUGUAGAAGACCUAUGCUUUAGGAGAAAGGAAAAAAAAAAUAUGAACUAUGGGCAGGUGAUGUUCUUUAUGUAAAAAGACUUCAAAAUAGGCUAAUAGUUUACAGAGUUAUAUAAAAUGUGAUCUGAAUUUUUUAAUUUCAAACAUAUUGUGAUGGUACCAAAAACCACAAUAAGAGUUAAUAUAUAUAAAAACUACCAGUACAAAAAUGCUUGAAGGUGAGGGUGAAAGGUACGAAAGACCAAAAGUAAAUUAAAAUAGAAAAUUUUGAAAGGAAGCACCUUAUUUCAGGUGCAGCUAAGUAUAACACUCCAUUUCUUUUCUUCUUUCUAAUAAUGGUAUGGGUCAACAAAUGAACCUUGAGCUUUUUCAGAUGACUGUAAAUGUAUUUUGUUUUUUAAAUGUACAACUGAUUCUUCCAUACUGUAAUGUUUCUUUGCUGAGGCUGGAGAAUGGCCAGACUGCUGAUGUUGUGCCUUUCAGACACGCUCUGCUUUUGACAGUGGCCAACUUUGGGGUGCUGGAGAAGAUUCCCUUGCAGCCUUACAUGUGCUUUUCAGGAUAUACCCUUCUGCCUAGGCCUUGAGAGAUUCAGCGUGGCAUGACCCAGGCUUGGACCAAUAUAAGAUCUUUUGUUUUGCAAACUAAGUAUAGUGAAUAAAAGGGUUGAAAAACAUGGUAAUGAUGAGUGGAAAUUCUGAUGGGUUGGUAAUUCUUUAAAACAUUUUUAAAACAAUGCAGACUGACAAUUUCAGUGUGACUAUCUUGAAAAUUUUCAGCAUGGUUCCUCAUUUACAAACAUGUUUCUAACUUAAAUGGUUAAGACUAUUGCCUUAGAAAGUUUUAAGAGGUAUAGUCAACCUUCAUAAUGUAUAUAAGGGAUUGAAAGAUUAAUGCACAUGCUGAACUAUACAAGAGAAAUUAAAAAAUUUGAUUUCAGAGUAAAGUGGAUUGACUUUCACUCAGGGCUUCGAACUGAUUCAAACUGGUUCAGCCAUCGUUAACGAGGUGAAACCUAAACAGAAUUUUUACAAUUUGGGUGAUCCAGAAUGAUAAUCAGAACAGGAAAAAUUACAGGUCAAAGCCCUGGAUUGGGAGACUCAAAAGAGGUGUAGUGAGCCCUUUCAGGAGCCUGAUGUGUGACACUGGAUUGUCGGCAGGAACGUGGAGAAGGACACAUUCAGAGUGACGCCAUUAGCCACCAUCUUUGAGCGGGGCACCUCCGUUUCCGACUCUGCUCAAAAUCUGACAGGCAAGGGAUUUGGUUGCUAUGCAAUGCGUGUGCUGCCCUUGUUUUCUAAGAGGGAAACUAGGUUUCUAACAGGGCUUUGACUCGAGAUUUUUCCCGUUCUGGUUAUCUUUAUGGUUCACACAAAUUUUAAAAAUUUGCUUCUGUUCCAAUUUUGCUUCCUUGGCCAUGGCUGAACCAGGAAGAACCGAUUCAAAGCCCUGCUUUCAUGUGAGAAAGAGUUUUUACCUUAUUCCUAGUAGAAACUACAUAAAAUGAAAUGAUUUCUUUAGAGUAUCUCUCUGCUCCUCCAGCUCUGUCUGUUCUGGUCUGCAGCAUUUCUGAGAUUUGGUUUUAUAAGCUCUGUGAAAUGCAAUUUAUAAGGUACAUGAAAGCACAUUAAGAAAAUAAACCCAAAUAUUAAUAGUUUAGAGGGAUGACCAGGCUUGACUGCAAAAGCCAAAAUACUUGCUAGAUGCAAACUUUCUGGCCCAUGGCAAAGUUUUGUGCCAGUGAUUUCAUUUGGCAUCUAGGAACCAAAAGCUUGGUGUAAAAAUCACCUGGUGUCGAUCAACUAUGGGAAUCCUUUUUUUUAAUAGGGUGACUUUUUCAUUUGCUUAUUCAAUAAUUGUGGCUUAUUUGUGUUGGGUGCCAAAUUAACUUGUCCUUAAGGAGGUCACAGUCUAGGAGAAAACACGGGCAAAGACAGUCACUUAUUUUAUGGCAUACCCUAACCCUGAAGGUUCGGCAGUGAUGAUUUAAAAUUUUAUGACUAUUUUUAAUGAAGUGAGGGGAAAGCAAUUUGGGGUAACAUUGACUAUUAGAAAUUUUGUCAUUAAAAAUGAAAUUAAAGUCAAAGUCUCCUCAAAUUGGAGGGGUCCCCUUAGGUCAGGCUGCCUUUCUCUCAGGAACACCUCUUAGAAUGCCCAGACUGCCCAAACAGUUCCAGUGAUAAGGAACAUUUAUUCCAUAACACGAAUUAUUAAGACAGCCAGAACAUUUGUUGGAAGUCGAACUCUGUCAACAGUGUUAUUUAUGCUAAGAUUAGGACAAUGUCUUGAGAACACGUUGUUUUUUUCAUUAAGUUUGGCCUUUGUUACAAAUGCAAUGGUCAUUUAUUUUAAUUUUAAGAUUAUUUAAAUGUUAAUGAAAAGCAACUUAAUUGUUAAAUUUAGUAGUGCCUUUUUCUCUGUAUGCCUUAGCUUUACUUUAUAUCAGUAAUAAUUCAAUUUGCUCACAAAAAUGAAGACAUUUUCUAAAAUCAUUAGGCUUCAAGAGUUCAUUUGGCCUUAAGCUGUGUUUUGGCCCAUAAAUGUUCCUUAAUGCCUGCUAACUCCUCCUACCCUUUUCUGCCCCCUCUUUUUUUGUGUGUGUGUUAGGAGAGUAAUGUUAGCAUGUGCCUGUGACACACUGCAGUCUCCACUAGACAGAGUGUAGAAAGAGGUAUUGUGGUUUUAAAGAGACAUAGCAAAUUGUUUUCCAGAUUGAUUACUUGAUUUUUCAGUCAUGUUGGCACUGACCAAGUUAAUUGUAUAUCAUGGUUCAGUUAUAAUUUCUAUAGCAAAGCUACAGAGAUUUUUUUUUGCCCUAAAGAAGUCAUUUAAAUGGCUUACGGCUGUUGGGGCAAUGAGAUGUAGGACAAUGAGCAAGAAACCCAGGGAGAAUGAAUUCUAAUCCUUACUUUUUCACUAACAUUUUGACUAAUACUGUAGCCUAUUUUUCUGUGAAGUGUGUGUGUGUGCUUGUGUUUGGAGUUGGGGCAGGGGUGGGAAAGAAGGAAGGAAAGGUAGGAGUGUUUAAUAUAUUAGUAUCCAAUCUUGGAGGAACCCCUUAAAAGUAUAUGUCCUACUGAUGAUGGAUCAGUGUAGUCAUUUUCAGGUGGGGAGGCCAGCACAUUUCCACGAGUAGCUAGUACAAAUAAUUGUUUAAUCAAGGUAUUUAUUGUAAUUGCCAAACUCUUGAUUGCUAAAAGUAGAUUAAAAUUGAAUUUGUAUGUGUAUGUGUGUGUGUAAUAAUGAGCUUAUGUAUAAUUCUUAAAUAGAAAGUAAUUGAUUUUACAUAGUUCCUAAUGAACUCUAUGGAAUAGAAAUUCUGCCAGACAUUAUCAAAACAAGCUUCCUUAGCUUACUAGGUAUUCAAAAGGAAAUCCUCUUUAUACCUCUUUUUGGUUGGCUAGGGAAGGCGUGUUGUGAAGCCACUGUUCUGCUUCAUAGUUGUCUGUAGCUUUGCUUUGUGUUCUGCCAUGGUCUGGACAGGAUGCCAUAAUAGAUGUGGAAAGUACUAGGGCCAUCCAUGUCUCUCUACUCCUCUUUGAGACCUGUAGGUGAUAAUGAGCUCUUCCAGGAGCCCAGAGAUUCUUCUCUUGGAGAUGGUGAGAGUGGUCAAGAUUGAGCUUCACAGAGUUGAGGGAGGAGCCAUAGCUGUAAUGAAAAGAAUAAAUUUUAUCUGUUUCUUGUGUAUAGUCUCGCAUAAUUUUUUAUAAUUAUGCAUUUUAAUUGAGAAUCAUGGUAUUUUUGUUUAUAACAGCAAAUAAAUUAAAUCAGUAAGUACUAUUACUCCGUAUACCUGAUGACUUCUUGUUUGUAUUUACAAAAUUUAUUAUCAGAAUAACUUUAAACCAAAGUUUUUAUAUUCCUUGUGCACAUAGCCAAAAUAAUUAGCACUGUUACUUCUACCCACCUGUAAGCUAAUAAUGUAAAAAUUAUGAAGCAAGCACUAGUAGAAUUUGUAUCUCAAUCUGCCCUUCAAGGAAAAGGACAGGUACUCAGUGUUUGCAUUUACAAGUAGAAUUUACUUCAGCUAUUAAGGAACUGUAGACAUUAUGAACUUGAUCUUGUACACGUGCCAAUCUUAUUACUGUCACUUGACCAUACACACAGAUACAUAUCCGUUCACUUAGGAUGCCUCAGGUUUGUGGCGUACUUUCUUCCUAGUGUCUUAACACGUAUGAACUUGUGUCUGACUUGAGGGGCAUUUCAAGAAAGCUGUGAAGAAAGGUAGGUUAUGGAUGCAUGCCCACUUUGUACCAUAGACAUUUUGGAACGUAAGAAAGAGUUUGCUCUCUAGUAUAUGUGCAGAAUUUGUCCCCAGAUAAGGAUUUCUGAGUCCCUUAAUGCCAAUUGAGAACAGUAAAGUUCAUGACUAUACUGAAAAGCACUUUUGUGUUCACUUAUUUAUAUUUUUUUUAGAAUUUAUUUUUAAAAAACAUGUAACUAGUAAUUUUAGCAAUAGCAUUACUUAGAGGGGAGGGGUGAGAUAGGUAACAAAAUUCCAUCUUAAACUCUGUUAGAUACUUAAAGUCUGAAUGGAUUUGACAUAUUCUCAUUUUUCCAAAAUUUUUUUUCCACCUGGAAUGAGAAGAGAGCACUAGUGGAGAAAUUAAGAAAACAUUUGAGCUGGAAAGGCUUAUGGUCAAAAGGAAAUGGGUCAAACUCUUGCAAUAUAUCCUGUUCCAUUCAAAGUACAGUGUCUAAGGAUAAGAAUACUUCUUUAAAAACAAACAAUUGUUUUUAAUACAAUCUUAACAAGUAAAAGGUUUAUAGCAUUUUUUCUAUUGCUAUAGGUUUUAAAAUUUGCUACCCUGUGUCUGAAAUAUAUAAGAGUUAAUACCAAAAACAUUUUUAAUGUUGGACAUCUCUUCCUUUUCACAUGAUUUGUUUCAUUCAAAUAUCGUAAAUAAAAGUAAAUGGAUAAAUUUGAGAAUAAACUUUUAAUUGUUGGAAAACUAUGAUUAUCGAUUUAUAAAUUUAUCCUUUGACCUGGUGUACAUUUUAAAGUGUAGCCAUUAAUCUUUAAUUAUUAAUUUCUCUCUGUAAAUGUUUUUAAUCUCAGUUGAACGCUGGGCAGUUUAUAAUUACGUAUGAAGGUGUUUUUUUCCUAUCAAGGUUGACUUUUUUGCACAUUUUUGGAAAUGUUUAAUUUGUACACUGAUUUACUACUCUGACCAAUGAUUACUGACGAGUGUGUGUGAGCAUCGUGAGUGUGUGCAUUGAACUACUGUCUGUCUCCAUUUUCACUUCUUUCAAGGUGUAGUCAGUCGUCAGUAACUACACAGCUGUCACUGGCACCAGCGGAUUGUCUCGCUUUACAGAGUAGACUUACCUAUGGUUCUGUCUUUGUUGAAGAACUCAGGAGUUCAACAUUACUUUGUAAUUUUAUGAUGUCUUCUAACAUUCAUUGCUAAGUUGAAGUAUUCUUGUAACUGUGUAUCAGGGGAUGUAUGUUUGUGUGGAGAUGUCUUUUUCUCUCUGUAGGUACAUGUAUAUAUCCCAGUAAUUUCUUAUUUUGUUUCAUUUCUACAUUUUUAUGAACUUGUUUUAUAAGGGUACUAUUUAGUUAGAGUAAUUAAAUAUAUAAAAGCUUUCUGAGAGAUUAUUUACUAUAUGAAUAUAUUUUCAGCUGGCUGAUCAAAAAUAUUUUUUUAAUUUUGUUUUUAACCAUUUGAAAUGUAUUUGUAUUUUCAAAAUUGGACACAAAUUGUACUUAGAUCUCAAAACACUCUUGUAAGGAACAACAUUGAGUUUUCUUUUGAGAAUUCUGUGAAAUGCAAAUUAAGAAAAUAAAAUGUGCUUUAAGCAGUAACAAAAACACACUGUCCACUAAGACAGCUUUGGAAUUCUCAGAGCUACGAAAAAAUGUGAGAAACUAAAUUGCCUUGAAGAGAUGCCAAGAUUUUUAUAUCCCAAGUUGCUGUGGGCCUGUCCUACUGUUCCUCUUCAGUAUUUCCUUUAUUCUAACCCAAAAUAUUUCAACUUUCUGGUUUUUCUCUUACAGGACAAGGUCAGACUGGGUUUAUAAAACAGUGCAUUGGCAUAUUGUGAUUCUCUGUAAUUGGUUGACUAUAAAUUGGUUUAGAAAUGUCCAAACAUACGUUGUUGUGUCUUUAUACUGUACUGUGUGUUUUUAGUAACUGGCAGAAAGAUUUGGAAAUUAAAUUUCCAAUCUGAAUGUUAUUGUACUUAAAAAAAAAAAAAAAAGCUUGUUUUAAAUAUGCGGUACCACCUAAAA